CUUCUGUCCUGGGCUGGACCUCCUUUAAAUGAAGAACUUAGGUUCUAUGGCUUUCUUACAGGAUGAAAGCCCUGGAGAAGCACUGAUUGUCUAAGAAGGAGAGGAAGGCACUCUGGAUACUCAAACAAUGUAGGACCAAGCCAGCCAGAGGUGACAGCCUCAGUCAAAGCAGGUCCUGGAGGGCACGGAGCAGCGCUGUGGGCUGCAUCGCUGGUCUGCUUGGAACUGUGUCCAAACCAGAGCUGUGUCCUGCACUGGACAAGUGUGAGCAGAGAAGCUGACGACCAGAACCUGACAAGAUGGGAAGCGGAAUUAGCUCAGAAAGCAAGGAGUCGGCCAAAAGGUCCAGAGAGCUGGAGAAAAAGCUCCAGGAAGAUGCCGAGCGAGACGCCCGGACGGUCAAGUUGCUUCUCUUAGGAGCAGGUGAAUCUGGAAAAAGUACCAUCGUUAAGCAAAUGAAGAUCAUCCACAAGAAUGGCUACAGCGAGCAGGAAUGCUUGGAGUUCAAAGCUGUGGUCUACAGUAACACACUGCAGUCCAUCCUCACCAUCGUGAAAGCCAUGGCCCUGCUCGGGAUUGAUUAUGUGAACCCCAGAAGUGCCGAGGACCAGCGGCAGCUCUGCACCAUGGCAGACACCCUGGAGGACGGGGUCAUGACGCCUCAGCUGGCCGACGUGAUCAAACGACUGUGGCAAGACCCGGGGAUUCAGGCCUGCUUCGAAAGGGCAUCUGAAUACCAGCUCACCGACUCGGCCGCUUACUACCUUAAUGAUUUAGACAGAAUCUCAGCCCCCGGAUACGUGCCCAACGAGCAAGAUGUUCUGCACUCUCGAGUGAAGACCACGGGGAUCAUCGAGACCCAGUUCUCCUUCAAAGACCUGCACUUCAGAAUGUUCGAUGUGGGCGGGCAGAGGUCAGAGAGGAAGAAGUGGAUUCACUGCUUUGAAGGGGUCACGUGCAUCAUAUUCUGCGCCGCACUCAGCGCCUAUGACAUGGUCCUGGUGGAAGAUGAGGAAGUGAACAGGAUGCACGAAAGCCUUCACCUGUUCAACAGCAUCUGUAACCACAAGUACUUCGCCUCCACCUCCAUCGUCCUCUUUCUCAACAAAAAGGAUCUCUUCCAAGAGAAAGUGAACAAGGUGCAUCUCAGCAUCUGCUUUCCAGAGUACACUGGUCCGAAUACCUUUGAAGAUGCCAGCAACUACAUCAAGAACCAGUUUCUGGACCUGAAUUUGAAGAAAGAAGACAAGGAGAUUUAUUGUCACAUGACCUGUGCAACAGACACCCAAAAUGUCAAGUUUGUGUUUGAUGCAGUUACGGAUAUAAUCAUCAAAGAGAACCUGAAAGAUUGUGGUCUUUUCUAACGAAUCCUUUCCUUUUCUACUUGUGCUCUCAUGAUCUUUUCAAGAUAGAAAGGAAAGGGUGCUACGGGAUUAGUUUGAAUCGAUAUUAGCUUAUCUAAAAAUAUAACUUGCAUUUUAAAAAGGUCCCACCGAAAUGUUGAUGUUACAUCACUCCUAGCCAAAUAAGCUUCAAUCUCUCAGUCUCGUGGAGCACAGGGUCUUUGCUCUCAUCAAAUCUAAACACUGACAUGUCUUGGUAACUGGAACAGCAGAUGUCAGUGAUACCGAGUUCUCUGGGAAGUAAACUUCUGUAAGUGGGUUAUUUUUCAUCAUAGAUUCAUGAAAAAGUGAAUAUUCCAUAUAAUUUCCAUGAACUAGAUUUUAAGAGGCACUCAGUUUGACUGAUGAGGCAGCCAGGCCUGUACUGCACAGACUGCUCAUGUGGUCUGAGCAUUUUAUCAUCCGCUUAGCUGCUGCAAAUGGAAAAUUCACUGCACAUACUCCUGUUGGAGGAAAGUUACACGUCCAGGAUAAGUAUGCUGACUUUACCUGCUAAAUGCUUAAAAACUUUUAAAGACAAACUUACUUUUGGAGGUGAAAAUUAAAUAACACACUUCUUUCCAACAGUCUUGGUAGAAGGCAGGAGAAAGGAUAAGGCUAAAUGCACAGUGUCAGGCUCUGGUGACCACCUGGACGACAGUCUUCAGAGAGAAGGAAAGCCCCACUUUUUAUUCUGCAGUGGUGUGGAACAUUAGUAAUCAGGAAUAAGCAAAUAGGGGAUUUUUAGAGGAUAACUUUCAGCUUCUGUACUUGUACUUUGUGAUAUAUACAUAUUUGAGUGGUUACUAAGGAUCAUGGUACUUCUAAAUAUUAUACUUGAUUCUACUAGGCUUACUUUUGUAAGGCUAAAUUGUUACUUUAUGAACUAAUUCAUAUUAUUUAUGGAGACAAGAGAUGAUUUGUGUGUGCGGUGACUUUUUGUUUGUUUGUUUUGUUUUUUCCAAGUGUCAGCUAUUUCCAAGGCACACCCCAAGGCGUGGCUUCCUACCAUCUUUUCUUCUACCCUGAUGGGAGGUCGUACAUAAGUCGGACUAUUAGAUCAGUGCAUGCUAUUUGUAAUGAUUCUGAAGAGAAAUGUAAUUAGAUUUUUACAAGCUAAGAGAGAUGUAGGGAACCUAAGGAGCAAUUUGCCAAUCUGCUGUCCUGUGGAUAUCGGUGGCCCCGCCCCUGUGACACCUUCCUUGUGUGUAACACAUUUCCAUUCAGGACAGGAAAGGACGAUCAUUGCUCAAUAAAUAAUUUUGACUAGAAUGCCUGUGACUCCUUUCCCCCAAAAAAUUACAAAAAAGUUUUAAAAAUACAAUAAAAUGAAGAAUAAAUUAUAUUUAAAAUUUAAUUUUAAAUUCCUUUGUAGAACAUAAGUUAUUAAAGAGACUAAGACACCAAGCACAGAAACACAUGAGGGAUCAUUGGGUUCAGGCUUCUAAAGAAGCUGUGUGGCCCAGCAGGUCUUUCUAGGGGUGCAGGUCGGGGUUUUGUUAGGUGACACAGAAAGCUGUGAGAUUUUAAACUGAGAUGCCGUGGACUGUCCAGUCCCCCACUGGGCAGUUAUUUUGACUGUUUGCUUUAUGCCUGCUGAGGACUGAAGGCAAGUGAGCUCUUGACCCCCAAGAUACACCACUGGUCUCACACCUUGCUUGACAUUUUGCUCCUACGCACUAUAAUCUGUUUUGAUUUUUAAUUUUUUCCAUAAGUGAUAAAAAAGCAUAUUAUUUGAAACAGCAAGGGUGGGGUCCAAAUGGCUAAAUUCACCUUAGGAAAAAACCCACAUAAUUCAUUUUGCAAAUUGCACCAAGUGUAUAUGGCAAGCCUGUGUGCACAUUAUGAAAUGCUAUUCUAUACAUGAGGAUUUUAGAAACUACAUCAAAUGGUCAAACCAAAAACAGAAGCCAAUUUAGAUUCUUUAAGGAUAUUUUUAAUCUGAAGAGUCAACAUAAAAACAUCUUUUCUUCAGGAUCAAAGAUAUUGCCCUGCUAAACAACAAAUUUUAGUUAAGGAGAGAAAGCAAUAAAGACUUUUUAUUUAUGUUAUAAUUGAAAUCUUUAAAACUUAAUUUUUUGUUUUUCUUUUUAAACUUUUACUGUGAAGUUGGGAGAGGCACCACGGUUUGAUCUAACGAAAGACAGUAACAAUGAAAAUAUGGGAAGCUUUGCUUUCAGCUGAAGAAACUCCCAAUAUGAGCAACAGCAUUAAAACAGGUUAAAUUCAAAUGCCUGCUUUAACUGAAAAUUCAGGUUUCUGAUGGAGCGUCAAUGCCUUGACUUCAGACUCCCAAAGGCGUUGCAGUAGAGCUCAGUGGUCCAGUGCUUGCCCAGCACACACAGAGUUCGGGGUUCAGUCCCCAGCACCAUAUACAGAUGAAUGGACAGGCAGACGUACAGCCGUCAGACAGACAGAUUAAAAAGCAUCCUACAUAGAAAAUUUUAGUUCUGAGUUGCUCAAUCACAUGUUGAAACAAAUGAAAGACAUUCAGACAAAUAAAAAUGCUGCUCAAACAUAAAGCAGUUUCCCCUUCUGCUGCUGGAGGUUCCUCUCGCAAACUCGGUGUACUCCGGUCCGUGGCCUUACACUGUCGUGCCCUGGUCAGGUUUCCCUAGACUUUCAACACACCCAGCUCAUUCGCAGCUCAGGUUCGUCUGGUUUUGUCAUUCAGAGACCUGAUGGAGACCUAGAUCCAGCAAGGUCAUCAACAAGCAGUCUUUGCAGAGUUUUGGUAAAAGCAUAAAUGGGUCAGUGGUUGAGACUUUGAACCCUGGGACUAAUCACUAGAGAGAUAAGCGGAGAGGGCUAUUAACUGAGCCACAAUACCUUGGCAUCGAAAUAUGAAAGCUAUGAACUUUAAGAAGCUCUAUGAAAAGUGAGUUUCAAAUAAUGUGGAAUCUCUAAUAUUUACCAUAAAUGUCUAAUAUGCUAUGGAUUAACAAAAUCUGUAAAUACUAAAUUUUCAUACACAUCAUAUAAGUAAGCAAACAAGUUUUAUACCCCAGAUCUGUUUUACUACAGGUAUUUUUACUGGAUCUAUCAUCCUAUAUAACCACAAACUGUGUUUUUGGAUACUUCCAGAGAAUAACUCAAGGUUGCCUUAGCCAAAUGCUAUGAACUUGAGGAAAAAUAAAUCUUCUUCUUUGAUUUGUAUGUGUGUAGCCCUUUAGAAUCAGAAGUAGACCGGCAGCUUGAAAUGUAUGACUGCUACACAUAGAGUAUAUGUAAGCAUCGUGGAAGAAAUUUAUAACUUACACUCAUAUUUUAAAAUAGGAGACAAUCCUCUGUCGUGGAUGGAGUAAAUCUCACUAAUUUAAUCAGAGUUCUUGCUCUCUGAAUGCUUUUUCUGAGUCUCUUACAAGCUUAUUUGCAGCCACGUGGGGGCACACUUACAUCAUGUAUUUUUUAACCCAAAUAUUGCAAACAUAAAUUUAGAUUACCAACAAAUUUUAAAAAACAGAUAGCAAAUUCCAAUUAAGAACAAGUGCAUUUUGUGCCUUUAGCUUCAUUGUGCACAAUAUCUCCUGAUGAUCGUGGUGUGCAAUAGCUGAGUCAAAUUCACGAGUAGCAAAUCUACUGAAUCAGCUCCAAUCGUGUGGUGUUGUGUAGAUGUAUAAUCUGUUCCCAUGAUCUUGCUAUAUUUUUUGUCAUUUUCGAGCUGUUGUUUAAAACUAAACAACCACUAGUUUUGUGAUGCAUGCUUUUCCUUUAAUCUGUAUUAUGUUUCAAAUACUGAUUAGGUCUCAGUGGAGAGGAAAAAUAAUUUGAAGACUGACAACUACUCGGUUUGCAAGUUGUAAUCAAUGAGCUGCUUAUUAAUGUGUCUUUCCAGCAAAUCAAAGUAAAAUU